UCACCUUCGUACUACUACCACCUCUCUCAUUCUCCCUUCAUUAGGUACGUUCUCACGUUCCUACUUCACUCUAUCUCUCUCGAGUUCUUGAUUUAGAUUCCAAAUAGUGAUAAUUUUUUUUGUAUACUCUGUUUUUUUUUAAUCAGACGUAUAAAAAAAAUGGAAUCGUUUUUGUUCACCUCCGAGUCAGUCAACGAGGGACAUCCCGACAAGCUCUGCGACCAGAUCUCCGACGCUAUCCUCGACGCAUGUCUCGAGCAAGACCCAGAGAGUAAAGUCGCUUGCGAGACGUGCACAAAGACCAACAUGGUCAUGGUCUUCGGCGAGAUCACCACCAAGGCUAACGUCGACUACGAAGCGAUCGUCCGCAAAACAUGCCGAGAGAUCGGUUUCGUCUCCGACGACGUCGGCCUGGACGCCGACAACUGCAAGGUCCUCGUCAACAUCGAGCAGCAGAGCCCCGACAUCGCGCAAGGCGUCCACGGACACCUCACCAAGAAACCCGAGGAGGUCGGAGCUGGUGACCAAGGUCACAUGUUCGGUUACGCGACCGACGAGACGCCCGAGCUUAUGCCUCUCAGCCACGUCCUCGCGACCAAGCUCGGAGCGAAGCUUACCGAGGUUCGUAAGAACGGGACUUGCUCGUGGCUGAGACCUGACGGUAAGACUCAAGUCACGGUUGAGUACUUGAACGAGAACGGAGCUAUGGUCCCCGUCCGCGUCCACACAGUUCUGAUCUCGACGCAGCAUGAUGAGACCGUGACGAACGAGGAGAUCGCGGCUGAUCUCAAGGAGCAUGUGAUCAACCCGGUGAUCCCGGAGAAGUACCUUGACGAUAACACUAUCUUCCAUCUCAACCCUUCUGGUCGUUUCGUGAUCGGUGGUCCUCACGGUGACGCUGGUCUCACGGGACGUAAGAUCAUCAUCGAUACUUACGGUGGUUGGGGUGCUCACGGAGGUGGUGCUUUCUCUGGGAAGGACCCGACCAAGGUUGACAGGAGUGGGGCCUACAUCGUGAGGCAGGCUGCUAAGAGUAUUGUGGCGAGUGGGCUCGCGAGGAGGUGCAUUGUUCAGGUGUCUUACGCCAUUGGUGUCCCUGAGCCUUUGUCUGUGUUUGUGGACAGCUAUGGAACCGGGAAGAUUCCAGACAAGGAGAUUCUGGAGAUUGUGAAGGAGAGUUUUGAUUUCAGGCCGGGGAUGAUAUCUAUUAACUUGGAUUUGAAGAGAGGUGGUAAUGGUAGGUUCUUGAAGACUGCUGCUUAUGGUCAUUUUGGAAGGGAUGAUGCUGAUUUCACCUGGGAGGUUGUGAAGCCACUCAAGUCUGAUAAGGUCCAAGCUUGAAAACCUGAACCAGUCUCAGAAAACCAAGUUGAGAAGAAACAAAGAAAGUUAGAGUGAGAGUUGCAAUCAAGACAUGCUGAACCUAUGUGCUUGACGACGGGUUUAAUUGGAGAUUGUAUAGGAAGAAUAGGUAGUGAAGAACAGUCCAAAUGCCAGGUAAGCAACUAAAAUUUCUCAACUUUGAAUUACAUCUAUAUUUUUUUUCAUCUUCUAAAGUUCAACGUUGAAAUUGAAAUGCACCAUACCACUGGCUAAUUCGUUUUAA